AUGAAAGGUGUCAGCGACCAUGAUAUCGCUCUACAGCUGUAUCUUGAAGAAAUUGCGGAGUUUGAAGAAAAACAAAAAGGGAAACAAACUCAGAGGAACCAGACAGAUCAUGCCUUUGCUCUGGAGUGUAUGAAAGCUGAGCUGUUGACAUUCCAAACUGCCGACGAGGACAGAAAUCUGGUCCUGAGUACGUUGACAGCCGUUACUAGAGAUAGCGAUAUCCUUGCCUCGAUUGUACGCGACGAACGCAUUGCAGCAAGAGACCACCAGUACGCCCUGGCCCUGGCCCGUGGUGAAGAACCGAGGGAUCUCGAGCCACCGGCAAAGCGCAACGAGGGUACGAUUGCCCUUGCCAUGGAAGAUCUUACCAAACGCAUGAGGCUUAAGGACCAGGAAGACAACGGAGAAGGCCCUUCAAGCUUCAUUUCUUCAACCAAAGAGAUCAAAGGGAAAUGCAUGUCUUGCCUUGAAAACCGCGAUGACAUCAAAUUUUCUGGGAAAUGUCAUCACAAAUUCUGUCAUGAUUGCACUCGACAAUUGAUCCUAAUGACAAUCAAAAACGAAUCAUUAUACCCUGCCCGUUGUUGCGGCCAAGUUUUGCCGCCCAUGGUUCUUCUCUCCGUUUUGAGCUACAGGGAGCUUCAAAAAUACAGUGACAAGGGACUCGAAUAUUCCACACAUAACCGAGUUUACUGUGCCGACCCGAAAUGCUCUGAGUUUAUUCCCCCAUUCGCCAUUGAUGGGGAGAAUGGCCUCUGCCUCAAAUGUUAUCAGCACACACAUCUACCAUGUCGCUCGUUAGCUCACCCUGGCGUUGAGUGUCCAACCAACAGCCAAUACCGGCAAGUUCUGGCCCUGGCAGACGCCAAAAAAUGGAGAGAAUGCGCCAAGUGCAAGAACAUGAUUGAGCUUGGGCUGGGAUGUAACCAUAUUAUUUGCAUGUAUGUCAAUCCCCCCCUCUGCCUUCGAUAG